CAGUGUGAGACUCCGUCUCAAAAAAAAAAAAAUAUAUAUAUAUAUAUAUGCAUGGGUGUAACUGCAAUAAUGUUAGCCCCCACUCUUUUCACCUUUAUCCACUGAUCAUGAUGAAAGCCGUUUUCAGUGGCAGAAAUCAAAUGGGAGAUGGAAGGAAAGGUAGUGCAUAUACUUCCUGCUUCUCUUGGCUUCCUCAGAUUUCAGCACCGACUCCCUCCCUCUGCACUUGUGAUUAGACAUCUUGGUGGCUGGGGAGGAGGCCCUUGCAGGGCAGUCUGCUGUUCAUAUGCCCCCAAUAUGUCCAUGCCGGGCACAGACUGCACAUGAGUCAGGUAGAGUGUUGGUCAUGCCUGCUUUGCAGGAAUAUGCCUAGUUUUAUCUCUAUUUCUGGCUUGUUGGGAAAAUCCCACUAUCUCCCAGAAGGAAGAAGGUCAAGUACUGGAAAAGAAGAGAGAGAACAGAUCAUUUCACAAGGACCAAGGGUCAAUAUAGCGGUACUCAGACAUUUUAGGUGAAAAUGCUUCCCCUCACAUUAAUAACUUAAGUAGUGACCCUGAAUUACCUGAAAGAAGAUGUGUAUAUAUGUGCAGGCACUGGUUUCUCAUGAACAAAAGCUUUUUAAAAUUUAACUUUGCCAACAAGCGUUUUCUUGUUUUUCUAGAAAUGAGGUGACCAGCUCUUUCAGAAUAUACAGCAACUGCCUCCACAUAAAGCAGUGCCAGGUUUAGGAGAUUUACGGUAAACCCAUGUUUCCAAGGAGGUCUGUACAGAAAGCCAGACUUCUACUGGCAGUUUCUGGGAGAGAUACGCUUUCCAUCCAUGGCGGCCGUUUACUUUUGAUCUGGGAGACGUUUAUAAUAGAAAAGGCACAAGUGGAAUAUUUAUUUGUUUCCCUCCGUUCCUCUAUUGUUUGGUGGCGUUGCCGUUGCAAGUAGGCAGGGCUAAAAUGAAAUGGUUAUCUCAGGAUCAUGGAAAACCUGGAAUCAAGGCUGAAGAAUGCCCUCUAUUUUCGUUGUGAGAAGGGAAACGAUUCCAUCUCUAUAUGCCAGAAGUGUGAGACGUGUGUCUUAGCCUGGAAGAUCUUCUCUACCAAAGAGUGGUUCCGCAGGAUCAGUGACAUAUCUCAGAGGAGGUUUCUAGUUAGCAUUCUGAAGCAGUUAAAUAGCUUAUAUUUGUUACACUAUUUCCAAAAUAUCCUUCAGACCACACAGGGAAAGGAUUUCAUCUAUAACAGGUCCCGGAUUGAUCUCAGCAAGAAGCAGGGGAAAGUUGCUAAGUCCUCCGUGAACCAAAUGUUGGAUAAAACAGUAGAACAGAAGAUGAAGGAGCUCUUGUACUGGUUUGGGAACAGCACGCACUGGACCAAGGCGAAUUAUACUCUCUUACUGCUGCAGAUGUGCAAUCCCAAAUUGCUGCUCACUGCUGCCAACGUGAUCAGAGUCCUGUUUCUGAGAGAACAGAACAAUAUCUCAGGGCUCAAUCAAGACAUCACAGAUGUGUGUUUUUCCCCCGAGAAAGACCACAGCUCCAAGUCUGCGAACUCACAAGUCUAUUGGACAGCCAAAACUCAGCACACGUCCUUUCCUUCGUCCAAAGCCCUAGAAAAUGAACACUUGCUUGGGGCAGCAUCUAACCCGGAGGGACCGUGGAGGCGUUCACUUCAGUGUAUUUCCGAGAUGAAUUGGCUGUUUCCUGAAAAAGGACACUUAACCAAGCCAGGGUUCGAUCCCUGCAAUCUGUUGGUUGACCUGGAUGAUAUCAGAGACCUGUCUUCUGGGUUCAGCAAAUACCGAGACUUUAUCCGUUACCUGCCCAUCCACCUCUCCAAGUACAUUCUAAGAAUGCUGGAUAGACACACCCUGAACAAAUGUGCCUCUGUGAGCCAGCACUGGGCCGCACUGGCUCAACAGGUCAAGGUGGAAUUGUCAGCGCACGGCUUCAUUCAGAGCCAGAUUGCCUUCUUGCAGGGGUCCUGCACAAGAGGAAUUGAUCCUAAUUACGCCAGUAAAGUUUCUAUCCCAGUUCCUAAAAUGGUAGAUGACGGGAAGCGCGUGCGUAUGAAACCUCAGAAGUGGAAGCUGAGAACGAAGAAUGACUACAACCUGUGGACUGCAUACCAGAACCAGGAAACGCAGCAGGUCCUGAUGGAGGAGAGAAAUGUUUUCUGUGGGACCUACAAUGUCCGCAUUCUCUCUGACACGUGGGAUCAAAACAGAGUCAUCCACUAUUCCGGGGGAGAUCUGAUAGCUGUGUCAUCUAAUCGAAAGAUCCGUCUUCUGGACAUCAUACAAGGAAAAGCGAUACCCGUUGAGUUCCGAGGCCAUGCUGGGAGUGUCCGAGCCCUCUUCCUGUGUGAAGAGGAAAACUUUCUCCUAAGCGGGAGCUAUGACCUAAGUAUCAGAUACUGGGAUCUGAGAAGUGGGGCUUGCACACGAAUCUUCAAUGGUCACCAGGGGACUAUCACUUGCAUGGAUUUAUGUAAGAACAGGCUUGUAUCUGGAGCAAGAGAUUGCCAGGUAAAAGUAUGGGAUGUAGACACAGGGAAGUGCCUGAAGACGUUUAGACACAAAGACCCCAUCUUGGCAGCCAGGAUCAAUGACACCUACAUUGUGAGCGCGUGUGAGCGAGGGGUGGUAAAAGUGUGGCACAUUGCCAUGAGCCAGUUGGUAAAGACUCUCAGUGGCCAUGAGGGAGCUGUGAAGUGCCUGUUCUUCGACCAGUGGCAUCUCCUCUCGGGAAGUGCUGAUGGCCUGGUCAUGGCCUGGAGCAUGGUGGGGAAGUACGAGCGCUGCCUGAUGGCCUUCAAGCAUCCCAGGGAGGUGCUCCACGUGUCCCUUCUUUUCCUCCGGGUCAUCAGCGCCUGUGCAGAUGGCAAGAUCCGAAUUUACAAUUUCCUCGACGGGAACUGUUUGAAGGUGAUAAAAGCCAAUGGCAGAGGCGAUCCUGUGCUGUCCUUCUUUAUUCGGGGCAACAGGAUGGUGGUCAACACAGAGAGCAAUGUUCUCAUGUUCCAGUUUGAGCACAUAAAGUGGCAGUAUGCCAUGGACAAAAUGAAACAAAAGAAGAAUAAGGAGAAAGAGGAGGAAAAAGAAGAAAAUAUCCUCAUGGAAAUUCUCUCCAAGUCUAACACUCAGGUUCACAGCCCGAGAGAGUCUGUAUCCAGUAAACAAACUGUGAUCCAGGAGCUCCUACCAAAGAAACCUCCGAAGUCCCGAGUACUCCUGAAGCCGGCCAAGUUAUCUUCAGCAAUGUUAACAGAGGAACCUGAAAGUCAAGGAAAGUCAAAAUUACCCCGGAGAGAUGCGGAUGAUGUGGAAAAAGGACAAAAACAAGGAGAAUUGGAAACUGCAGAGGAAUUGAUCAAUCACCCAGAAAGAAAGUCUUGGAAAAUCCCUAUGUCACCUGAUCGAUUCCUCCUGACUGUCAGCGCCCUGCAGCAAGCCCAUAAUUCUGGGGAAUUUGCCUAUCCCUGUAGGCCCCAAACAGAAAUCAUUGAUGCCUGGGGACCUUCAAUUACAUACCCAAGGAAGGUCUUGAAUCUCAAAGGAAAAUCAAUCCAACAUGCAGUUGAUCGGUUGAGAUUCAGCAAUCCUCCCAUAGAUGUGAAACAAACCAGUAUUCCCCUUGAAAUCCAGAAACUGCAGCCCAACUUGAAGAACUCUUUGCACAGUCCCAGAGUCCAGUCCACCAUACCCCAGCCCGUGAUUAUCCGCUCCAGGUUCUCUGGCAGCUUAAAGGGUGGAGACCAAGUGACCAGUUCAAUUGAAAGGGCAGUGUGCAGUACGGGUCCCCUGACCAGUAUGCAGGUCAUUAAACCAAACCGCAUGCUAGCUCCACAAAUGGGCACAGCCACCCUGUCUCUUAAGAAAGAGCGGCCUCGCAUCUACACAGCCCUUGAUCCCCUUAGAGUGAACACUGAGUUCGUGCUGUUGACUGUGAAGGAGGAGAAAGAGUACCAGGAAGCCAAGAUGAAGGAAUAUCAGGCCAGGGAGUCCACUGGAAUGGUUGAUCCAGAAAAAGCUCGCAAAGCUGCGUGGAUCAGAAAAAUCAAAGGCCUGCCUAUUGAUAAUUUCAUGAAGCAAGGGAAAACAGCCGCCCCUGAACUUGGACAAAAUGUGUUUAUCUAAACCAGCCUUGGGAAAUUACAAUGUCUUAAACAAUAAACAGAAAGCCAAAUGGA